AUGGAAAAGAGUUCCCCACAACUGGCUUAUGAGAGAGUUUUGGAAGAAAUAGCGCCUUUGAUCGAGUUGUAUAACCAAACCAUUGAAGAUUUCAAAGUUUCAUACGAUCGCACAAUUUGGUGUAGAAAGGAGUUUUUGGCAGCUGGAAUAGAAUAUACUAAAAUUACUGAGGCAUUUGAAAAACCAGAUAGUCGGAUUAGUCGGGCUUAUCUAGAAUAUAAAGGUAUCUUAGAAGAAAGGAUUGGGGCUUCAAAAAGACUUUUAGGACAGGUGAAUAGUAUGCUCUCUUCUGUAGAUCAGCAGUUAUUAUUACUAGAUUCACAACAUGAGCCUAAGUUUGGGAUUCAGACUCAGAAUCCACGAGUAUUCAAGACUAAUCGGAAUAAUCCUAGUCGGAAGAGAGAGGAAAGGGAGAGAGAAAGGGAGAGAGAAAGAGAAAGGGAGAAGAAUGGUGAGGAUAAGGAAGGUGGAUGUAUUUGUGGCCGGCCUCCUUUUGGGGAUAUGAUUGCUUGUGAUGCUUAUCAUAUGGAGUCACCUUGGUUCCAUAUGGAGUGUGUAGGUCAUACGGGUACACCACGAGGACAUUGGCUCUGUCCUAAGUGCCAGCCAUCAGAAUAG